AUGAUCGGUCGAAGCCUUUGGGGCUCUUCGAUUUGCCAUACCAUGGGGCUUGAGAACCGCAUUCCCGUCGAGAAUCUGCCCCAAAGCCAGGCUCUCGAUUCAGCAACCUUUCGUCCACCGCCAUUGGACGGAUCUCUCGAAGCAGCAGAACUGUAUGACUGGCAUCGCAGCAACAACACCGAACACACCUUAUUCGUGUACAGUCAACAGGAUGGUAACAUUCGGACGAUUCGUUGGCCAGAGGCAGUCGACGCAAUUCAUGUCGGGGCGAAGUUCGUCAGGAAAGUGACGAAUUGGGUGCCUGGAAUGACUGAGACUCCGGUUGUUGGAAUGGUAGUUGCUUCAGCACCCGAAGAACGACCACGACUUGUGCAAAUGCCGCUCUUUGAAGAACUCUAUGGGCAACCACCCGUUGAUCCCCAGGACGUUGUCUACGAGAAGCGUGGCUUGGAUAGCAGGAUUGCUUAUUUGCAUUCUUCUGGUUCCACUUCUUUCCCGAAACCCAUUCCUUUCAGCAGUCGGCGCUUCAUCGAAAUUGCAUUGGCGACGGAAUGCGACGUCGUGGUUUCCGUCCCCUCGGUCAUUGAGGCGUGGUCCUCAAACUCAGAAUACGUUGAAUGGCUAGCCACUCGGACUGGCGUGAUGUUUGCUGGUGGUGCGCUGAGCAAAAGUGCAGGCGACUACCUUGUCUCCAAAGGUGUGAGAACGAUGAAUUUGUACGGAACCACCGAAACGGGCGGAAUAUCGAAGGUAGUUCCAGACGACGAUACGGAAUGGGAAUACUUUCGCUUGUCGGAGGCUGUCGUGCCAGAACUUGACCCCCAGGGCGAUGGGACGUAUGAGCUCAUACUGAUGCCUGGGCCAGUCAGCAACCUCAUUCUUUCCAACACUACAGUUCGAGGCAUCCCAGCGUAUGCCACUUCCGAUCUCCUCAUUCCCCACCCAACGAAACCCCACCUCUACAAGAUAUACGGCAGGAAGGACGACCAGAUUAUCCACAGCACAGGCGAAAAAACCAACCCUACGCCUCUUGAGGCCAUCCUCAAUCACGAUACGCGAAUCAAAUCUGCUGUGCUCUUCGGAACUGGGCGCUUCCAAGUGGGCGUCCUGAUCGACCCGGAACCUGGGUUGCUACCUGCAGGGGAUGAGCGAGCGUUGGAAGAGUUCAAGUCUGCGAUAUGGCCUUCGAUCCAGAAGAUGAACGAGUAUGCCCCUCAGCAUUCUCGGCUAUUCAAGGAGAUGAUCAUUCUUUCGAAGCCUUCGAAACCGUUCACCUACACCGCCAAGGGCACCGCUCGACGACAGGCGGUCAUCCGAGACUACCAAGAAGAGAUCGAUGAGCUCUACGAAGCCACAGGAUCUUCGUCUCUACUCUCUGUGGAGGUGGAGUUGCCCGUCGUUUGGAGCUACGGCAACACUCUCGACUUGCAGGCCACGAACAUCCGGAACGUCCUAUUACGAGGCUUGAGGGAUGGCGCAAAGGUCGAUACUCUGUCGCUCGGGAAGGGAAACCUCGUCUACACCGCGCCCACAAUCUCAUCUUUAGCAGACCUCAUGAUGCGCACCAUCGAUCACAAGCCUUUGCCGCCCUCCGUCAAUUCCUCACUCUCCACACGUGUCGAAAAGAUGAUGCAGAUGGCCGACCACUAUUCCCACUUCUCCCCUUCAGAGUCUGUGGCCGCUUUACCUUUGCACCUAACCCAGCCGAGGGGUCAAACUGCUGGACGUGUUGUCCUCUUGACAGGAACAACUGGCGCGUUGGGAUCGUACAUUUUGGAGGUGUUGUUGAAAGACAAGAGCGUUGGGAAGGUAUACGCCCUGAACAGAAGGAGAAGGUCGUCAUCGGCGACAACUAUCUUGGAUCGUCAGAAGAAAGUUUUCCAGGAGAAGGGUCUCGAUGUUGCAAUACUCGACGCUGCGUCCGGUCGACUUGAGCUCUUGGAAGGCGAACUCUCGAGGCCAGAUUUUGGCCUCUCGAAGGAUGUUCUUGGCGAGGUCGUGUCAUCUGUGACCACGAUUAUACACAACGCGUGGCCCGUGGAUUUCAAGUUCUCACUCAAGUCAUUCGAACCAAUGAUCAAAGGUCUCGGCAAUUUGAUUUCCUUCUCACUGGCAUCACCGCUUCGUCCCACCGUACUUUUCGCCAGCACUUUCGCUGUCCUACAGAAUGCCACUCCAUCGCCUACACCCUAUCAGGAAGUCGAAAUUCCGCCCGAGUAUGCAAUUGGCACUGGGUACACUGAAUCCAAAUGGGUCGCCGAAGAAUUGUUGAGCCGAGCUUCGCGUGACAUGGGCCUUCGUUCCCUGGUCGUUCGCGUUGGCCAGAUCACUGGUGGUAAUAACGGAACAUGGAAACCGGAGGAGUGGUUCCCUUCAUUGGUCAUGAGCUCCCCCGACGUCGGUUCAUUUCCAGACUGCGAUAAGAACUGUUCGAACACUUUCUGA